AUGGUGCUUGAUGAUUCGGAAAAUACUCCGGGCACGGCUCCUAUUCGAGGGAUUGGGCUCCGAGUCACUAAUAUCGAAGGUAAUCCUCUCAUGCCUAGACGGGGAAUAUAUGCUACUAACAAUCCAUCGAUUAUUGAUGGAUUAGCUGCUAUUUCGAAACCUGUUAAUCUGGGUAAAAAACCAGAGAAUCGGGCCAAUAGCAGUGGGGAUCAAGAGACCAUGGGAAUCAAUGAUGUUGACUGGUUGUUUGAGGGUAUGGAGAAUAAUAAUAUGCCAAAGGGUAACUUUCAGGCUCAAGGUUCGUAUGCUUCUAAGCUUAAAUCUGGUAGUAGUAGUAGUAAACAGAAGGUGAACUUCCGAUUCCUAGAGCCUAAGGAAACGGUAGAAGACGCUGAUGUUGCUAUACCUAUUGAGUCAGUAAAAAAAGUCCAGGAGAGGUUCACAAAUGUGUUAUUUGGCUAUUUUCUGGGAAAGAGAUUGGCUUUCCCAGUUGUGGAGUAUUUUGUUACUAAAAGAUGGGAGAAAUAUGGACUUCAAAAAUGCAUGAUGAAUGGGAAAGGUUUCUUUUUCUUCAAGUUUAAUUCUAAGGAGGGGAUGGAACAGGUGAUGCAGGAUGGCCCUUGGCUUAUCAGAAAUAUUCCUAUUUUUUUGAAGUACUGGUCAACUAAUACUGAGCUGAAAAAAGAGGAAUUGCAAAAGAUCCCGGUUUGGAUUAAGCUUUAUGAUGUGCCUCUUGCGGCAUAUACCGAGGAUGGAUUGAGCCUUAUUGCAUCCAAAGUGGGAGUUCCAAAAUUGUUAGAUAAUGAGACAGCCAGAAUGUGUUCUGAUUCUUGGGGCCGUAGUAGUUUCGCAAGAGCUAUUGUAGAAGUUGAUGCUGUUAAAGAUCUGAAGGAAUCGGUCUCGGUGGCUAUCCCGAACAUGGAGGAUGGAGGAUUCCUAAAGAGCUCAAUCAAUAUUGAGUACGAAUGGACGCCCCCUAGAUGUUCUGAUUGUCAUAUUUUUGGUCACACUUUGGAAACAUGCCCAAAGGUUGUCAAACCGAUUGAAAAGCAGGUCCCUAAUGUUAAGACUCAGGAGGACGAUCAAGGCUAUCAGGUAGUGGGUAAAAAGAAGACAGGGAAGCCAGUGGUGAAGGGUAAACAAAGUAAUGUGCUGGAAAAAGAUGACAUUGAUCAGGAUGAGGUUAGAGAACCAGAGACUGAAACGACAAUGUUUAUGGAAAAUUCGAUGAAGGAUGACGGUCUUCUUACAGGGGCAAGCACUCCUGCUGUUGAGGUGAAUGAUGUAUGUAGGAGAAUUUCUAAGGGAUGGGAGUGGAUUUCUAAUGGUAGUCUAUGUAACAAAGGGACGAGAAUUGUUAUUGGAUGGAACCCGAAAGAUGUAAAUGUCAUGCUUUUAUCGGCUACGAUGCAAGUGAUGCAUAUUCAGGUUAUAUUUAAGGGUGAAAAUAAGGCUAUGUACUGUUCCAUGGUAUAUGCCAAUAAUGAUUUUAAGGAGAGAAGGGAUUUGUGGGAAUCGCUGAAAGUCCACAAGCUCUUUGUCAAUAAUAAUCCUUGGGUCAUUAUGGGCGAUUUCAACUCGGCCCUUAAUUUGGGAGAUAGCUACAUGGGAGCUUCUGGUAUGUCGGUUAGUAUGAUGGAUUUUCAGGAUUGUGUUGCUAACAUUGAGGUUUUCGAUGUUAAUUGCUCGGGCAUGCAAUUUACGUGGAAUCAAAAACCAAAGCAAGGAAUGGGAAUUAUGAAAAAGAUUGACAGGAUUAUGAUUAAUAGCCAUUUCACAGAUGCUUUUCCAAACUCGUUUGCUGUCUUCCAGCCACACCGUAUAUCAGAUCACUCUCCAUGUGUGUUAAAGUUGCCGGGGGUUAUGAGGAGUAAACCGAAGCCGUUUAAAUUCCCUAACUUCUUAACGCUGAAACCUGAGUUUAUUGAUGUCGUCAAGGAUGGCUGGGAUUUGUCUAUUGAAGGGGUGCCCAUGUUUAGAGUGGUUAAAAAAUUAAGAGCUUUAAAACACCUGUUGAGAAACCUGCUUCGAAAACAAGGGAAUAUUCAUGUUCGUGUUACCCAAACUAGAAAAGACCUGGAUGAAAUUCAGAGUAGGGUUGACAAGGAUCCGGCGAAUGUGUCUCUCAAGAAUUUGGCGGCAGAUUGUCUGAAGAAGUUCAAUGAAGCUAGUCUAGAUGAAGAGAGUUUCUUAAAGCAAAAAGCAAAACAGAAAUGGCUGCAACUGGGAGAUGCCAACACGAAGUUUUUUCUAAUCACAUUCAUGCAGCUUAAGCUUUACAUUCCGGGCUUUUCUCAGUUUGUUUUAACUCCGUUAUUCAUCAACAGUCUUAGUAAUUGUAACCGUGUUACAACGUUGCUCAAAAUUACAGAACUAGCAUGCAUAGGAGGGUUUACAUUCGUAACAGUGUUAUCACAUCAACAGUGUUAA